AUGGCGAUGAUUGGACUGGCGACUUCUGGCCAUGGCCUAAGCAUGGGCGUCUUCGGCGGCGUCCUUGAUUUCUGGGUUGACAAUUAUGAUUUGCUUGUUUCGGGUCUGAUUUGCGUAGUUGCCCUUCUGGCUCUGGAUUCCAAAGUCUCUGAGCACACUAUCUGGUGCUGUUCCCGGAUUGUCGUCUCCGGUGACGCAAUUGAAGAGGAAGCGACCGGCGAAGCUUUGCAUUUCGAUUGUAUCAACGGGAUUUGGGGUUGCUCCAAGGACACCGUCUACGGUGGCGUGGAGAGAGCUGGUGGGGGAAGAUUGAGAAGCCCUGCAAUUCCAGAUGAUUUGCAAGACUCUAAACAAAGUGUAUCAAGUCUUCGUGCUAGACCUGAACAUGCCCUCAAGAAUCGAGCCCCCAAGAUUCGAGAGGCACCACACGAGGCCACAAGUCUCUCGUGGUUGUUCCAUGGCAAGUUCAUCUUUCAGACCUGGUUUCUGAAUCCCAUUUGGGGUACUUUCGAUUUGGCGCAGUGCAAGCAAGAUGUGAACUUGACUGUCAGUGUGGUCAGAGAGCUAAUGGGCGAGCAGCUUUUGAACGGUGAUAAGGCUCUCUGUGUCAGUGAAGGAUCGGCCUCGGCCGUGAUGGCGUUGCAAGAUUUGGGGUUUCCCAAUGCUCGUGGUGUUUAUGAACACCGAUUCUUCUCCCUCAAGCGCAAACAGUUUGGGUAUGAGAUUUACUAUGAGGACAAGUCUUUCGAUUUCGUGUUCUGCAGGGAUCUAGACAAGGUUUCAGUCCCUGCUCUGCUUGUGCUCGAGAUUGAGCGCGUUCUUAGCCCAGGUGGAAUUGGGGCUAUGCUUGUUGGUAGCAGUGGUUUGGCUCCGAAUAGCCUGAUUAGGUCUGCUACCCCAAUUUCUUCAUUGCUGAAGAGCUCCAGUGUCGUGCAUGUUAAUUAUAUCAGCAAUUUCACACUGGUUGUGUUCAGGAAGAGUUACGAAAAUGCGGGUCUAUUUGAGCAGUAUCGCCUUCCGGCUGACUGCCAAUCCCUCACGAACAAUAGACCUUUGAUCGAGAAAAUGGAGCCUCUUGUGAAGGAAAAGCCAGUGGAGGACGGGAAGAUGGCUACUUAUUUGCCUAAUUUUAUUGAUGUUUCCUCAAAGAAGCGGUUGGUCUAUAUCGAUAUUGGGGCAGCAGAGCACCUGAAAUCAAAUGUCACAGACUGGUUCCUGCCUUCUUAUCCGAUUACACACAGAGCUUUCCAUGUCUAUUUUGUUGACCACAACACUUCUGUGCUAUUGUCUUAUGUCAAAAAGCCGGGAAUCACCUUCGUUUAUCAUCCAGGGCUGGCUGGAAUUAAGGACAAGGACAAUGUUAACAUUGAAGCAGAUGCAGAGCCCUAUGUCGCAGAUGAAGGGUUUGAUUUUCUUGUUUGGUUUAAAGAAACAGUGCAGCAUGCCGAGUUUGUGGUGCUGAAGAUGAAUGCAGGCAGUGUGGAAUUGAAGUUCCUCAUCCACACGAGGCCACUUCCAAUUCCCUGA